CGCGCGCGCUGACGUCGCACAGCCUCGUCCCCGCCGUCGCCGCCGCCGACGCCGCCAUUGGAGUCGGCGCCUCGUCCGUGUGUUCCGUCCCUGCUCCCCGCGCUGCGUCGCGUCCCACGAGCGGCUCGCGCGCCCAUCAGCCGCCGCCGCGGCCGCCCGGCCGGCGCCCGGGGAAGGGGCGGCGGGCCCGGGGCCGCGAGAGCGCGGUGACAGGCCCGGCCUCGCGGGAGGCCGAGCCGGCGGGCGCUCCCGCCCCGCGCCGGCUGUUCAUGAAGCAUGUCGGCCACCAGCGUGGACCCCCAGAGAAGCAAAGGACAGGAGAGUAAAGUGCAAAAUGGCUCUUUGCAUCAGAAGGACACAGUUCAUGACAAUGACUUUGAGCCCUACCUUUCUGGACAGUCAAAUCAGAGCAACAGUUAUCCCUCCAUGGCCGACCCCUACCUGUCCAGCUAUUACCCGCCGUCCAUCGGAUUCCCUUACUCCCUCAAUGAGGCGCCGUGGUCAACCGGAGGGGACCCCCCCAUCCCUUACCUCACCACUUACGGACAGCUCAGCAACGGCGACCAUCACUUCAUGCACGACGCUGUGUUCGGGCAGCCUGGGGGCCUGGGGAACAACAUCUAUCAGCACAGGUUUAACUUUUUCCCGGAAAACCCUGCCUUCUCCGCCUGGGGAACGAGUGGCUCUCAGGGGCAGCAGGCCCAGAGCUCCGCUUAUGGGAGCAGCUACACCUACCCCCCAAGCUCCCUGGGCGGCACCGUUGUGGACGGGCAGACGGGGUUUCACAGCGACACCCUCAGCAAGGCGCCCGGGAUGAACAGCCUGGAGCAGGGCAUGGUGGGCCUGAAGAUCGGCGACGUCACCACCUCUGCCGUCAAGACGGUGGGCUCCGUCGUCAGCAGUGUGGCGAUGACCGGCGUCCUUUCUGGCAGCGGUGGGACAAAUGUCAGCAUGCCGGUUUCGAAGCCAACCUCCUGGGCUGCCAUUGCCAGCAAGCCGGCAAAGCCACAGCCGAAAAUGAAAGCCAAGGGUGGCCCUGUCAUCGGGGGUGCCCUGCCCCCUCCGCCUAUAAAACAUAACAUGGACAUUGGCACCUGGGAUAACAAGGGGCCCAUGCCCAAGGCUCCAGCCCCCCAGCAAGUGCCGGCCCCUCAAUCUGCCCCCCAGCCUCAGCCGGUCGUGCAGCCUCUGCCCGUUCAGCCCCCCCCUUUGGCCCAACCACAGUAUCAGAGCCCGCAGCCGCCACCACAAACCCGCUGGGUAGCCCCACGCAACAGGAACGCGGCGUUUGGGCAGAGCUCCGGGACCGGGGGUGAUAGUCACUCCCCUGGAAGCACCCAGCCUAGUUCUGCCCUGGGCACAGAAUCCCACCCGGUCCUUGAGAAACUGAAGGCUGCCCACAGCUACAACCCUAAGGAGUUUGACUGGAACCUGCGGAGUGGCCGCGUGUUCAUCAUCAAGAGCUACUCGGAGGACGACGUGCACCGCUCCAUCAAGUACUCCAUCUGGUGCAGCACUGAGCAUGGCAACAAGCGCCUGGACGGCGCCUUCCGCUCUGUCAGCAGCAAGGGGCCCGUCUACCUGCUCUUCAGCGUCAAUGGCAGCGGCCACUUCUGUGGGGUGGCCGAGAUGAAGUCGCCUGUGGACUACGGCACGAGCGCUGGGGUCUGGUCUCAGGACAAGUGGAAGGGCAAGUUCGACGUGAAGUGGAUCUUUGUCAAGGACGUGCCCAACAACCAGCUCCGGCACAUCCGGCUGGAGAACAACGACAACAAGCCCGUCACAAACUCCCGCGACACCCAGGAGGUGCCCUUGGAAAAAGCGAAGCAAGUGCUGAGGAUCAUCGCCGCCUACAAGCACACCACCUCCAUCUUCGACGACUUCUCCCACUAUGAGAAGCGCCAGGAGGAGGAGGAGGUGGUCCGCAAGGAACGGCAGAGUCGGAGCAAACAAUGAGGAUGAGCGGUUUCUGUUGUGAUCUGAUGUUUGGUUGAAAAGCUGAGUUUCCGAUGUUGCUCGGUGCUGUGUCCUGGCCUCAGCUCAGCCGUCUUCCUGUGCGGCCCGUGUGGCCUCUGCGUUCUUUGUCGUUUGUUUUGCCCAGGUGGCUUCUCACCCACGUGUAUUUUUCUGUGUAUUAUAGUAUUGUAGGACUCACUAAUAAAGGAGAAUGUUUUUGUCAUCUUAUCAAUCAAAUCGAUUUAAUACAAAAAUAAGUAUUUAAAAAAAACACCUAGUACACCCCAAAGAUUUAUUUUUUAAUUUUGGCAGAAAUUAUGUUCUUGUUCUUAUAUUCAUGGUCAUUUAGCAUCUUUCUUUGGAACUUCCUCACCCCAUUGCUUCGCCGUGAGCACAAACCAUAAGUUGUUUUGUCUGCAGUGUACGUAUCGAACAUGCUUCGAAACGCCGAGCUCAGCAGGUGAGCCGUCCCCAUACCUGGCUGGUUUGCCAUCUUUGUGAUCAGUUAACCUGUCUGAAUGCUACUCUGCCCAUCUGGUCUUAAGACCACACAGAAAGAAGUUUCCCUUUCUCACAGCUGGUGACAGCGUGUUUCCUCGGUCCCGCCGUCUGCAGCCUCACCGAGCAGCGCGUGUGUCCAGGCUCCCGUGGCCGUGUGCACCGCGUGUUGAUCCCUUUCCUUCACCUGGGAGUCCUGAUGCCAGGUGGGCUUCACUCUGGUGUCUGAGCUCUGCCCGAGGCUCUGCUCCGGCGCAGAGGGCCCCGGGGCGCUGCGUGUCUACGCUCCUCUCUCCUGGUCAUGGGUCAGCGAGCAAAAAGCAGACAAAAACCUCUAGAAACUGAGUUUGCGGUCAUGGGUGGAAUGAGGACCCGCUGAGCUGCCGUCACCUGGAGUCCGAGUCGAAGCAUGAGGUGCUCCCGCCUGCCACGCCAGCACAUGUCUGCACGUCCCCGUAGAGGGCCUCGCCGCGGAGAGCGGUUCCUCCUGAGAACUGCUCCGGAAGACCCUCCGAGUCCAAGUUCAGGCUGUGCUAUUUAGACUUGUGUGUAGGACGUGUCCCUCUCUGAACUGGCAGCGCCUGGACGGAGUCCGAACAGCACGGGACAAGUUCCUCUAGGAGAGUACAAGCCUUAAUAAACAACC